AUCUGCUGAGUGUAGGGGUGUCCUCUCUGCGCCCCAGGGUCGGAGCCCUUGAUAUCCGGGCCCACGCUGAAAAGCGGAGGCAAGCGCAGAAACUCAAGAAUAAAGGGUCCAGUGGGCAACACUCCUGCCGUUCCCCAGGGCUCCCGGAGUGCCGGGAACAAGCUGUGUCUGCCGACGGAGCGCUGCAGCUGCAGUCGGAGAAACCCCCACAGCUGUGGACGGAGGUUGGAUGGACAGUGAGACUGGACACAGGACAGCAGUGGCGGAUCCUGACGGCUCAGAAGGAUGCAGCUGCCGAGUACCGCAAGGGUCCUUUCUCUUGGAGAACUGAUUUCCAGGAGGACCCCGUCUCCCUGCGGAUCAGCCCGGUCAGCCCGGCAGACAGCGGGGUCUACAGUGUAGAGUUUCAGGACGGAUCAGGUGCUAUUACUGCCGUGUGCUUCCGUGUGUCGGUGUGGGAGCCCGUCCGCCCGCCGCAGCUGCAGACAGACAUCCUGCACUGGGAGCAGGACCGGUGCAACCUCUCGCUGGUCUGCACCGUGCCCGGCGCCACCAAUGUCUCCUACAGCUGGUCCUGCACUGGGAAAGCCGUGGGACACCAGCCCUGGCUACACCUGCAGGUCCUCGGGGACACCAACAGCACCGUCUGCUGCUGCAACGCGAGCAACCCGGUGAGCUGGAGCACGGCCAGCACCGACGCUGCGGCAGCGUGCCGCGCUGCAGCCCCGGGGCUUUCUAGCCUGGUUCCAUGGUGGGCAGUGGCCAUGUUCCUGGGGCUCGCACUGGCCAUCUCCGUAGCCAUCGUUAUUGCCUGGUACUGGCGGAAGACACGAGGAAAGGAGCCCCCGGGAGCCCUGCCAGUCUGGGGGCUGACUGUCUACGAGGAGGUGGGCAAAGCCCGAACUGGCCGAGAGCCCAAUGGGACCGGCGAGGCCACCGUGACAGGAAACACAGUCUAUGCCGUCAUCUGCCCUAAAAAGCAGCUGCCCUCAGGAGCCCGCAACCUGCACCAUCUACUCCACCGUUCAGCCCAGGGGGAAGGUUCUUGCUCUGCUCCACAGUCUCCCUCUCUCAAGAGGAAGAGGCUGGACCCAGCUUUGGUUUUCACUGCCUACGCAGAG